CCGUCGUCGUCGUCGUCGCCGUCGCCGUCGCCGUCGCCGUCGCCGUCGCCGCCGCCGUCGCCGUCGCCGCCGUCGUCGCCAGGAUCCGGACGAGCAAACAAUCUGCGACCUUGCGGCGGGAGGAUAUGGCUCUCUCGGGGGAGGAGAUCACGAGGCUCCACAGGAUCCGGAGGACGGUGAUGCAGAUGCUGCGGGACCGGGGGUACCUCGUCGCCGACUACGAGAUCGGCACGCCCAGGCACGAGUUCGUGGAGAAGUUCGGGGAGGGCAUGAAGAGGGAGGACCUCGUCAUCAACAAGGCGAAGCGGAACGACAGCUCGGAUCAGAUUUAUGUGUUCUUUCCUUAGGAGGAAAAGGUCGGGGUCAAGACGAUGAAGACGUACACUAAUCGAAUGAAAUCGGAGAAUGUUUUCAGGGCUCUGUUAGUUGUUCAGCAGAAUUUGACGCCCUUCGCACGGACAUGUAUAAGUGAGAUAUCUGCCAAAUUCCACCUGGAGGUUUUCCAGGAGUCUGAGCUGUUGGUCAACAUCAAAGAACAUGUUCUUGUUCCUGAACAUCAGGUGCUUACGACGGAGGAAAAGAAAACCCUGCUGCAAAGAUACACUGUGAAAGAAACUCAGUUGCCCCGUAUUCAGGUGACAGAUCCAGUAGCAAGGUAUUACGGGCUGAAGCGUGGACAAGUUGUGAAGAUAAUUCGGCCAAGCGAGACAGCGGGUCGAUACGUUACCUACAGAUACGUUGUGUGACUCGGCUCCAAGCAUGUUCUUGUUCCUGAGCAGCGGGUGCUCACAACCCAGGAAACCAAGACACUAGCUGAUCUGUAAGCCUUUGUGCUGCUCAUCCACGAAGCGUGCCUCUGCCUCUUCUGGUUCUUGCCGCCUUUAGAUCCAUAGGUUGUAUAAACUAACUAGGAAAUUGCUCAACUAGUGCCUGAAAUGUGACCUUCUGUAGAACUGAGUAGAUAUGCUUUUCUGUAGUCGUUUGUGGAUUUUAACUUUGUAGGCUCUGUGUAUAAACUAACUAGGAAAUUGCUCCACUAGUUCCCAGGAUGUUAUUUUCGGCAGGACCGAAAA